UCCUAUUACAGCAACUUCUACUACUACUACUCGUAUUACAGCUAUGCUGCUAUCGGACCAUUUUCUAUUGGAGCUUUUGUAGGACUUAUAAUAGGCUCAAUAAUCUUCUUGGCAUUUGUAAUUAGUGUUAUCAUGGCAAUCUGUGCUUCCUGUACAAAGACAGCUGGACAAAGAGGAAGGGUCGUGCAUCCAAACAAUGGAAUAGCAGUGAUACAUUCCAAUACAAAUAUUGCAGGACAACAAAUGUACGCCACACCGAGUGCCCCACCACCUUACAUGUUUUCCCAUGGAGGUUAUGGAAUGGGAUAUCAUACGUCAUCUGUAGUAAUGCCACCACCGCCACCAAGUUAUGCGGCUUUAGAUCAGACCAGACCGCCACCACCACCAACUUAUUCAUCUUUAAAUUCGUCAAUUCCUCCACCAAUGUUACCACCAAUACAACAAAGAAAUAAUUAAUACACAACUCACUGUUUCCCUGACAACAGUAAACUGAUCAUAACAUUACCACCAUUGGUUUCUAUGAACUUGGUUUGUCGAACAUACAUGUACAUACUAACACUUCAUUCUUGUCAAUUCAGUGGCAUCGGCCAUGAACGUCUUGGUUUGUCGAACAUUCGUAAGGGAGCUACCAUUUUAUUUUUAUGGGGGGGGGAUGAAAAAUUGUGUCCUGCAUUUUUUUUUUAUUUGUAAUCUCUGUCCUGCCUUUUUAUUUUUUCUGUCUAUUCGGUCCUGCCUUUUUAUUUUUCUGUCUAUUCGGUCUUGCCUUUUUUUUUCUUAGCUUAUCCUGACUUUUUUUACAACAGUUGUCAUCCUGCCUUUUUUACUCAAAAUCCUGUCCUGUCUUUUU